AUGUCAUACAAUGCAAGCCAAAACCCAAAACAAAGGGAGGAACAGGAGAAAAGCUGCAGCAUUCCGCCGUGCCUGCGCGUCUCACUGCCAAGUGCGUACUCGCGGGUUGGUGUGGACAUUUUCCAUGUUCUCGUGCCGCGCUUUUUGGAUGCUGCAGGACCCCUUCACCUUCUGGCGAUUACGGAGGAUCCAGAUACGAGAAUGCAGCCGGAUGCAACUCUUGGCGCGAUUCCAGAAGCGCUCUGCAUGUACUCCGAAGAGGACAACGAUCGUGUGUCCACGGUUGCAGAGUCGGAGGCCGCCUACUCACAAAACAGUCUGAGCAGUUCGAUGCUUUGCAGAGUACAUCCAGUUCCCGAACUGCGCGAACUUACGCUGCUCGUGGAUGCGAGUACGGACCAGCAGGACGUGCUGCAAGUACACGCCAAAUUCAAGCGAGACAAGAACCUGCCCAAUGACAUCCACUCGUGCAUGCCAUGCUUGCAGACUAUGCUCAGACCGUCGGAUUGGCUCAGCAUCCGCAUGCGCGUGGCGAAGUUUGCGCACGAACAGUGCCAGGUUGGUUCUCCGGAAUCGCAUGAGCUGCCAUCCGUGAUGCUUCGGAGGUUGGAUGACCAGAACAAGUUCGUGGCGGCCAACACCGUCAACCUCGCCCCGUGUCGCGGCCAGGAGCCAUCAAAGAAGUCUUCAUUGGUUUGGGUCUACGUCCGAGAUUUCGUGAAUGACGAGGCCAAAUUCCGAAUGCAGCCGAGUAAUGUACUACGCUGA